AAAGGAGGCGUAUCAAUCACUCUGCCGGUGAUACUGAAACUUCUGUUCAAGGUUUGGAUAGCAAGAUUAUAAUAUGACAGAGUGAUAUAAUCGUAUGGGCUAAACAGUCAAGAUCAGUAAACUAAUAAAUGAACCUAUAUCGGUAUAGUGACUCCAGAACCGGCCGAGGAGGAAUCCACUCAGUCCCCAAUCAACCCACCCCCCGCAACAGAAGGACAGGAGAGGGGAAAGGAUGGCACAGUGUGGACGACGGUAGAGGAAGGGGAAAACAGAGGGAGACGCUCGAGUCAGAAUGUUCUCACUGAGGCCGAGGGACCCACCGCAAAUGCCAAGCAAAACAUCCACGAUGCCCUCAGCGCCUUUCUCUGUUUAGUUGACCCUGGCAUGCUAGCGCAUAUCCGGGACUGCACUGUCAUAGAAGCACGCAGGGUUUUGGGGGAUGAUUCGUGGGACAUGACGGUGGAUGAGCUUAUGGCAUUUAUUGCUCUUGUUUAUGUCCGGGGAGCAUACGGGGGGUGGAAUAUGGAGCUGUCUAGCUUCUGGUCCGCGGAGUGGGGAUUCAGCUUCUUCAAGGAAACAAUGUCCAGGAACCGUUUCCAAAUUAUAAUGAGAUUCUUGCGUUUUGAUAAAAAGGAGACAAGAAGCGCGCGUAUCCAAAUAUCAAAAUUUGCGCUGAUAAACGAGGUCUGGGAGGGUUUUGUGAAUAACAGCAUCUCCUGCUACAAACCUGGAGCUGACAUUACCGUUGACGAGCAACUCCUGCCAACCAAAGCCCGAUGCAGCUUUAUCCAGUACAUGGCAAAUAAGCCCGAUAAGUUCGGCAUCAAAAUGUGGCUUGCAGCAGAUGUCACCACCAAGUACAUGCUGAACGGUGCGCCUUAUCUAGGCAAAGAUGAUACGCGCAGAGCGGGUCAGCGGCUGGGGGACAGUGUGGUGCUGAAUCUGGUGGAGCCUUUUACAGGGAAAGGAAGGAACGUAACCACCGACAACUUUUUCACCUCCCUGAAACUUGCAGAAGAACUGCAGUCCAAGAAGACGAGUCUUGUUGGCACAAUGAACAAGAGCAGAAGAGAGCUUCCUCCCUGUGUCAAAGAAAAAAGCCCACUAUUCAGCACGAAGUUGCUGAAACACAACAGUGUGACACUCACUGUAUAUCAGUGCAAAGCACAAAAAAAUGUGUGUGUGCUUAGUACCGCCCACACCACGGCCGGUACCCUCAGCGGCCCAAAAGCAAAGCCAGAGCCUGUGGUCUACUACAACCACACGAAGGUUGGCGUGGAUGUGUUGGAUCAGAUGAUAAGGAAAUAUUCGGUGAAAGCUCCAACACGAAGGUGGCCUGUGGUGGUCUUUUAUAACCUUCUUGACAUAGCUGCUAUAAACGCAUUGGUUUUGUUCAGGAAGUGUUUGAACGUCACAAUAUCACGCAGGGAUUUUAUCCUUGAACUAGCGAAACAGUUGCGCGCUAAUUAUAUGCGCAACAAAGACCCGCGGGUGUGCGGCGAACCCUCCGUAGAGGAGGAGCCGCCUUCAUGUAGGAAAAGAAAACAGUGUCAGGUGCGUCAACACUGUACAAAAAACCGCUCACAUGAAGCCUGUCAGAAGUGUAAAAAGGUGGUGUGCGGGAAAUGCACGGGGAAUGUCGUUGUGACAUGUAAAAAAUGUAUUUGAUCUUUUUUCUAAUCUUGUAAAUAUAUCGUUUUGUGUAGUUCCACUUGUAGUUUCAUUAAAUAUUUAGAUUUUGUUUAAAUGUUGUGUUCAUUACAGUUUAGAACCAUUCAUUGUUUUGAAGUGUAAAUAGUUAUGUAAUUUCUUGUAACUUUUUUAGUACCAUAGUGUGUAAUGUUAUUUCGUUUUAUUUAUUGUCUAAUCUAUUAUUGCACAUUGCAUUUUCCGAAUUUAUGUAAAUAAUUAAAAAUUUAAAUUAUAAACUUUUGUUGCAAACUUUUUUAUAUGUA